AUGGUCCUUCCAAAGUCCGAGUUUAUCUCUUAUCCUUCGGACAAUCAUAGCAUCACAAGGACACCCCAGGCUGGCCCUCUUGGUACAAAAACUGGUCGAAAUCGGACUGACCGGCCCUGGACAAUGGACAAAAUGGUUAAAGAGUUGAGCUUGGGCCGGGCCGGCCUGAGCUUAGAAUUCAGCCGAACCUUUAUAAUCUGGUCUAACUUGAACCUGACCCAUGGACAUCCAUUCAACGAUAGUUCAUUCCUUCUAAAAAGCUUUAAAUUUUGUGGAAAAAAAAUCGCAGCGUUCAAUCCUCUUCGACUUAGAAUUGGAGGUUCGUUGCAAGAUCAAGUGGUGUACAAUGUUAGAGCAUCGGCCAAUAAAUGCCCUCAUUUUAAGAAGAAAAAGGAUGGUUUGUUUGGAUUUAGCAAAGGUUGCCUCCACAUGAAGAGAUGGGAUAAAAUCAACAAAUUAUUCAAGGAAACCGGAGUCUUGCAUACGUUCGGGUUUAAUGCUCUAUAUGGGAGGAAAAAGUCCGAAGAUGAUAAUUCUCUUUGGGAAGGAGACUGGGAUUUACAGAAUGCCCGCGAUCUCAUGGAAUACACAGUCUCAAAGGGAUACAAGAUCGAUUCUUAUGAACUCGGUUUUUUUGCUCAUAAUUGUUCGACUUAUUGUCCUUUAGGUAAUGAGCUAAGUGGAAGUGGGGUGUCUGCUAGGCUUGAGGCUGAACAAUAUGGCAAAGAUAUUGUAGCACUCAAAAACCUUGUGAAAGAGGUUUACCCAGACCCCAAAGACCAGCCCAAGGUCUUGGGUCCGGCUGGCUUUUACGAUGAAAAAUGGUUCAAUACCUUCUUGCAGGUUUCAGGACCAGGUGUUGUUGAUGGAUUAACCCACCAUGUCUACAACCUUGGUGCAGGUGUUGAUUCCAACCUUAUCAACAAGGUCCAGGAUCCAUUUUUCCUUGACCAAAUAGCUCAGACAUUUAAGGAUAUUUCAACCACUGUUAAAGAGUUUGGACCAUGGUCUGGAGCAUGGGUUGGAGAAUCAGGUGGAGCUUACAACAGUGGUGGCAAAGAUGUUUCUCACACCUUUGUCAAUGGUUUCUGGUAUUUGGAUCAACUGGGCAUGACAUCAACCUUCAACCACAAGGUUUACUGCAGACAAGCCUUCAUUGGGGGAAACUAUGCUCUCCUAAAUACGACGACAUUCAUCCCUAAUCCAGAUUAUUAUGGUGCACUUCUGUGGCAUCGUCUCAUGGGAAAGAAUGUGCUCUCCACCAAUCAUGACAGCUCCCCUUAUCUCCGCGCCUAUUCUCAUUGUUCAAAGAAUUCACAUGGCAUUGCUGUGCUCCUCAUCAACAUGUCAAACUCUACUACUUUCGAAGUUUCGGUUGUUGAUGAUCUGAAUUUAUACCCUGGUCUACAUUCUGAAGAUGGAGAGCAAAGAGAAGAGUACCAUUUGACUCCAAAAGAUGGCAACAUUCAGAGUGAUGUAUUGCUGCUCAAUGGGACUCCAUUGAAGCUCACAGAAUCGUUGAAUAUCCCAGCUUUAAAUCCAGAGCUUGUUGAUCCACCUACACCGAUUACCGUUGCGCCUGAUUCGAUUGUCUUUGCUACUCUGAAAGGCUUCAAAGCUCCAGCCUGUGCUUAA